AUGAUUGACAUCGCUGUUCUCAGCUGGCAGAUGAAAGAAGAGGAACUCUAUCAAUUCUUGAUGAACGAGUUAGUGUCACAGAAGGAUCUCAUGGAUGAUAUUAGGGAUCAAAUGUUUCAUUACAUAUGUUGGGUCUACGCUGCUUCUGACCUUGUCAGUGGCAUGAGGCGUAUCCGCAAGUGGGAAACAAAAUUUAUUCCACUUUGCACCUGGUAUCUUUCCACAUUCUGUGAUCCAUCAAGUCUUCGAACAUAUCACUCGAAACAUAGUUGUUAUCCAUCUACAGUUGAGAUAGCUUUGAAGUACAUCGAGGCACAUGGAAUUCCGAAGGAACUUCUCGCUGAGUUUGAUUGCAAAGAUUUGGAGCCUCCAAGUGUUGAUGAGGCAUUGAUGAUGUUAAGAAGUAUAAAAGGUGUACGAAGAAUUGAGACGAUAGAGGAGGCAUUGAUCUAUUAUGGUUUCAAAACAAACAAAAAUGCUUUUUUCAAAGGAUAUUAUUAUGUGGUAAUGUUGGUUGUUGUGAAGGUGGGUGAAGAAGUAAUGGUUGUGUGCAUAUCCCAAAUCAGAAUCUAA